CCGAUCAUUGCGCUCGGUGCUAAGGAAAGCCCAGUAUCUGAGCCUGAAUCGUGAAACCAUGCCCUUUACCAAGACUUAUUUUCUGUGUCCGACAUCCGAUUUUAUAUAUCCACCACCAACGGGCCCGCUAUGUCUUGGGUCUAUAAUUCGCUCCACAUCAGCACCGCAAUACCCUCUGAACAGAGCGAGCGUUGUUGCCGUGACUGAUGCAUUCCCGCCUAUCGUGGAGACCGACUGGAAGAAGACUUUUUCAACUGAGAAAGGGCUCGGUUUGGGUGUCUAUGCACAGUUCCUGCAGCUGGCUACCGGUGGACUGCCCCUUGGUCCCGAGCUGAACGUUGAGCAUUCGAACAAAACGGCAAAUACGUUCGCGUUCGACACGCUGACGACGCUGGCGUUCGAGCCAACCCAGGAAUACGUGGAAGAGGCCGUCAAGGCACCGGCCGUGCAGACAUGGCUGAGAGAUCCCAGGCAGAAGUUUGCACUCGUCAGCGAGCUCUUCGUCGUCACGGGCAUGAAGCUUGUCAAGGGCGCCAAGAUCAAAUACUCGACUUCACAGAGCACUACGGUCAAAGGGAACAUCGGCAUCAACGUGACCGCGCUGGGCACGACCUUUGGCCCGAAAGGCCACUGGACUAGCACGAAUGACGAUGCGACGGAGACCAAUCGCGAGUCGGAAUUUGUGUUUGCGUUCCGCGUGAAGAGGCUCAAGUUUGGGCGGAGACUGAAGCUUGAAGAGUACAAUAAGGGCGCCUUUAUGACCCUUGGCGGUAAGGAAGAUGACGACGAAUGUGUUUUGGUUGAGGACGUGGAUGGAGCUGAUAUCAAGACUGCUGAGGCUGUUCCCGAUGUGACCGAGAACGGCAACGUCUAUUGCGUUCCCGCUUAAUCAUGCUAAACGAAUCUUGGACGACAACUGAGAUAGACAUCAGUAAACCAUGUGUGAUUGGAGGUUGAGUAAACCAGUCCUAGGCUUCGACUAGUAUUUGUACAUGUUCC